AUGCAUAGACGCAUCGAAUGCCAUAACUUGAUCCAAGCCUUCCUGCUGAACUGUUUUCCAUUCGAUUGGCCCCUAACAUCACACUCCUGGAUUCCCUUACUUGGGGAGUUGCCUACCAAAAUUCAAGCACUAGAGAUGUCAAGCGCAGCAGUCGCCGCCUCGGCGCUUGGACACGUGUUUCACAAUAAUUCCCUCGUCAAGCAAGGUCUAAAUCACUAUAUCCAGGGCCUUCGACAGCUGCAAAAGGCAUUAUGGGACCCCAGUCUCAUGCGCGAAGAUGGAACUUUGGCUGCGUGCAUGGCACUCAGUCUUUACGAGGCCCUUGAAUCCCCCAACAUGGGAUCCGAAGGGCAUUUUAAUCACUGUGGUGGUAUAAUCACUUUGAUUCAAUCCCGCGGUCAUGAGAUGCAUUCUUUAGGCGCGGGACAUCGAUUGUUUCUUGGUGCUCGAGUCCCGGCGGUAGGUCUUAUCUUGUUCUCUCUGAAACACUAUACUUCGACUAUCUUCUUCGAGUCUACUUGGAUGGAACAGCCUUGGGCAGGAAUACCGAAAACGUCUCAUGAUCACGUAACAGAUUGCCUCGCCCAAGCCCCUAUGAUUCUGGAACGUGUGCGAUCAUUGCCCCGCCUAAGCUUCAUCCAACAAGUCGAUUUACUCCACCAUUUGAUUCAUAAAUGCUGGCAGAUUGACAAACAGUUGGAUGAUACUUAUGACGAAAUGCGGAGAUCGGCGUUAGACGUGUUAUACUGGCGUGUGCUAUCACAAACAGAGCCUUUGGUUGAUUCUGAGAAUCUGUUCCCAGUCGUUUUCUGUUUCCAAAACUCCCAGAUCGCUGCUACGCUGAUACUCCUAUGGGCAACGCGAACAAUGCUCUGGUCGGGUCUUUCAAAUAUGUACCAGCACUUGGAAAGGAUCACAAACCUUGAGAAGUCUAGCUGUGUGGCUCUUGAUAUUGAGUUAGAUCAAGGUUCUGCUUCGGAAGUGAUAAAUCCCAUUGACCGCUGUGGAGAGUACUUAUCUGUAGCACAUCGAGUCUGCCAAUCUGUGGAAUACUUUUUGAAAGAUGGCAUGCUGCUAGCUGGCCCGUUAUCUGUUAGUCCCGCGCUUGGGAUUGUGCUUGAUAGUUUACGGAAUCGGCCUGGUCAUGGUGACGAAAUUGCGUGGAUAAAAGCAGCUCUGGGGAUGGUUCGGCGAAAAGGUCUUCGAGCUCUGCAUGGUGGGAAUAUAUAA